CCUUGAAAUAAUCUAUUCCAUGCUCUAAUUUCUUUCAUAGAUUGCUGCCUAUCUAAGCAAAAGAGAUUUUGUGGAUCACGGCAGCCAUGUUGACCCUGUGGAUGGCGUGUUGUUGGUGGACACCGGUUACAUAAAAGAUCAGAAAGUAUAUUGUAGGCUGAGCUGUAUUUUCCACUAUGGACCUGAGGACAUCGAGAUGAUUGGACAGGCAUUCAAACGAGAUCUGUAUGUGUCCACAAUCCAGGUCUACCCUCCAACAGACAGUCAAGUGAAACCCGUCACCAAAAUGCAGGAACGUCUGAUAAGGAAGAUUGGAGACAAAGCCUUGCCCUUCUGCUUUGAGUUCCCAAAUUAUCUUCCCUGUUCUGUGUGUCUUCAGCCUGGUGCUAAUGACCCAGAAAAGUUCUGCUCUGUGGAGUUUGAGGUUCUGGCUUUCUGCGUGAACAAUCUGGAGGAAAAGAUCCAUAAAAGGAGUUCUGUGCGUCUGGCUAUACGUAAAAUACAAUAUGCUCCAAAUCAGUCAGGGCCACAGCCUAGUGCCCAUAUCAGCAAGCAUUUCCUGAUGUCAGACCAGCCACUCCACCUGACGGCCACGCUCAAUAAAGAGGUAUACUGCCACGGAGAGCCUAUCAACGUCAGUAUCGAAGUGGCUAAUAAUUCGAACAAGGAUGUGAAGAAUGUCAGACUAUCAGUUGAACAAGUGACUAACGUGGUGCUGUACUCGAAUGAUACUUACACUGAGGAAGUUGCUUUGGAGGAAACCAAUGACCAGAUUACUUCAGGCUCCAAGUUCGCUCAGACCUACGUGCUCUUGCCAUUAAUGGCCAACAACCGUGAUAAGCAUGGCAUUGCCCUCGAUGGUAGGAUCAAGCAGGAGGAUACGAACCUGGCUUCUUCCACAAUUUUGAAGGAAGGGGCUGACCGGGAAGUUCAGGGGAUGUUGGUGUCCUAUAAAGUGAAAGUCAGUUUGUUGAUUCCUGGUGUGUUGGGUGAUCUAACGGCCAGUGAUGCGACAGUGGAAAUACCUUUCCUGCUCAUGCAUCCAAAUCCUGAAAGUAUCAAAAAUCCAGAGGAGGAAGACAUUGCAAUCGAGGACGAUGGAGAUGUUUCACCAGCCGAUGAUGAAGAUGAUGAAUGACAGCUGCCGUACCUUACUGACCAUGUAGAGUUCACUUGUUUGUAGCUCAAUGAUGUAUGACUGAAAUCUGUUUAAUUGUUUAGCGGGUUAGGGUUUCCAAUUUCUUCACAUUUGAGCUGUAGGGAGAAGCUGAACAGGCUGGGGCUGUUUUCCCUGGAGCGUCGGAGACUGAGGGGUGACCUUGUAG